CGGCUUGUGACUGCAUUGAUCUUCUUUGCACGUUGUAGAUUCCGCGCAGUUACUGUGCGUUUCGUGUAGCUCUUGUCUUGUCUGCCCUGUGUCUAUUCUGCUGCCAUUGAUACUCUUCGAGGUGCACGUCAUCCACGAGUAUCCGCGGCACACCAAGUCAAGCCCACGACUCCAGCACCGCAACACCUGCGAGCUCCAGCUGCAGCAAUCUCAGAAUGGCGGCUGCACCAACAGAGAAGAAGAAGCCGAGUGCUAUGCGCUCCAUUCUUGCCGGUGCGACUGCUGGAGCUGUAGAGAUCUCCAUCACAUACCCUGCUGAAUUCGCAAAGACACGGACCCAGCUCAACCGAAGAUUAGCAGACGGCAAGAAGCUGCCAUGGCCGCCGUUCGGCAAGCAGUGGUACGCAGGAUGCACAACACUGAUCAUCGGCAACUCGUUGAAGGCGGGCAUAAGAUUUGUGGCUUUCGACGCAUACAAGAACAUGCUGGCAGACGCUGAAGGAAAGAUCUCCGGGCCGGCCACCGUCAUUGCUGGAUUUGGUGCAGGAGCAACCGAGUCGCUGCUUGCCGUUACUCCGUUUGAGAGCAUCAAGACACAGCUCAUCGACGACCGCAAAUCAGCGAACCCCCGAAUGCGCGGCUUCCUCCACGGCUCACGUAUUAUCGCACAAGAGAAGGGCAUCCGCGGCUUCUUCCAGGGUUUCCUUCCCACUACCGCUCGACAAGCCGCCAAUUCCGCCGUCCGCUUCUCCAGUUACACAUCGCUCAAGCAGCUGGCGCAGUCGUACGUUGCUCCAGGAGAGAAGCUCGGCGCUGUUAGCACAUUCGGUCUUGGAGGUCUUGCUGGCAUCAUCACCGUCUACACAACCAUGCCCAUCGACACAGUCAAGACACGGAUGCAGUCGAUAGAGGCACGGGCUGCGUACAAGAACAGCCUUGACUGCGUGGUCAAGAUCUUCAAGAACGAGGGCGUCUUGACGUUCUGGUCUGGCGCUCUGCCUAGAUUGGGGCGUCUCAUCCUGAGUGGCGGUAUUGUUUUCACCAUGUACGAGAAGUCGAUGGAGCUCAUGGACAAGUUCGACCCGGAAGGUCGGUACAUCUAGAUGGUCAAAUGAUAGACGCCGCUCAAACCGGCACGCAUCAACACGUAUCAAAGCAACAAUAUACCCAACGUCGACUUUUCAUUCAUCGCAAUGCUCUGUUGCGAGGCAGGAGCUACCGUCGGAGUUGCAAUUACAAGUGACGCCAAUGAAAUUGCUCUAACUGUCCAAGGGCUUUCUGCGAUAGUAGGCCAAGAGAGGGCUACGCUUACUACAGCGGCGAUCAAUGCGGCCUAUCUGAGUGUGAGAACGCUUAAUUCGGGCCGAGCUUUGCGACGUA